CGUGGGUGGAGCUCAACUGGUUGCACGCAUUUUCUUUUUGCAAAAAAUGGCUUUCAAUUUCACUGAAGGUAAACUCGUGAUAAGGAACGGGACGGUCGUCAAUGCCGACCAGAAAUUUAAAGCUGACGUUUAUGUGGUUGACGGGAAAAUCCAAGAAGUGGGUCCCAAUCUUCGUGUAGUUGAAGGAGUUAGGGAAAUUGAUGCAACUGACAAAUUUGUCAUUCCUGGCGGAAUAGAUACACACACUCACAUGCAGUUGCCUUUUAUGGGCACGGUCGCCGUAGAUGAUUUCUAUCAUGGAACAAGAGCCGGACUGGCUGGAGGGACAACUAUGAUUAUUGAUUUUGUGUUGGGUGGUAGAGGUACUUCAUUGCUGGCAAGUUACGAUCAGUGGAGGAAGUGGGCGGAUGAGAAGGUUUGCUCUGACUACUCGUUUCAUGUCGGUGUGACCUGGUGGAGCCCUCAAGUCCGAGAAGAAAUGAAAGUCCUAGUUGAAGAGAAAGGUAUAAACUCUUUCAAGAUGUUUAUGGCAUACAAAGACGUCUUCAUGCUUCGCGAUGAUGAGAUGCUUCAAGCCUUUGCAAGGUGUAAGGAAAUUGGUGCUCUUGCUCAAGUUCAUGCUGAAAAUGGCGACCUCAUCGCUGUUAAAUCAAAGGAGAUGGUUGAGAGGGGCAUUACUGGUCCCGAAGGUCACGAGAUGUGUCGUCCAGAAGAGGUUGAGACCGAAGCAGUCAAACGUGCCAUCAUGCUUGCCAAUCAAACACGCUGUCCUCUGUAUGUGGUUCAUGUUAUGAGCAAAUCAGCUGCUGAUGAGAUUUCAGCUGCCAAGAGAAAAGGUAUUGUUGUGUUUGGUGAGCCCAUUGCUGCCUGUCUUGGAACCGACGGGACUAACUACUGGCACAAGUGUUGGCGUCAUGCAGCUGGUCAUGUGAUGGGGCCCCCUCUUCGUCCUGAUACGACCACACCCGGUUACCUCAUGGAUCUCCUUGCAAAUGGUGAUCUGGAUUGUACUGGAACUGAUAACUGCACAUUCAGUGGUAACCAAAAGGCGCUUGGGAAGGACGACUUCCGUAGCAUUCCAAACGGAGUCAACGGAGUAGAGGACAGGAUGUCCGUAGUCUGGGAGAAGGGAGUGUAUACUGGUAAAAUGGACGUUUGUCGAUUUGUUGAUGUUACGUCAACAACAGCUGCAAAGAUAUUCGGCCUCUACCCAAGAAAAGGUUGUAUUGCUGUAGGAUCUGAUGCAGACAUUGUUGUAUGGGAUCCAGACCAGACUAGAGUCAUAUCUGCAAAGACACAUCAUCAGGCUGUUGACUUUAACAUAUUCGAGGGGCUAGAGUGUCAUGGUGUCCCUGUUUAUGUCAUCUCUCGUGGUAAGGUUGUCGUUGAUCACGGGAAGAUAGACGUGGUCAAGGGGAGUGGCAAGUUUAUCCCUCGUCAGCCUUGGACCGACUUUGUGUACUCUAGAGUCCAUCAGAGGGACAAGGUUGAUCAGCCACAAAAGGUUGAGCGUGAGCCUUACACUGGCCCCGUCAUAGACCUGAGCAAGAAAUAAACUGAGGCCCUCUUGCCUUUGUGGUGAAUGAAAUAAUUUUUCUUUACUUUGAGAAUAAUUAAAAUAAUAAUAAUAGUGUGUGGAAAGUUAACAGUGUAAUAGUAAAAAUAAUUGUAAUGAUUAUUGUUGAUCAUAAUAAAAAAUUGUCUUUUUUAAAAUUUAAAGUUCUUGAGUGACUCAGCAUAGCACUGUAUAGUACAGUAUAAAGUUUUUGUGGAAUAUUCUUCACGAAUGACACUGGGACGACUGCAGGGGACGCCACACUGUCCGCAGACUGGGCCAGGAUCUCUGGCUGUAGAGGACUUGAUGCUGGCCUCCGGGCCAAUGGCGGGAGUUGCCGGGAAAGGAGAGCAAGCACACAUCUUAAGAAACCACCUUCUCUUUUAGCCUGUGUCGUAGAAUAGAGUAACGUUUAUUGGAGCUGCAGUGAAGACAGUAGACAUUGAAGGAGUUCUGGUUUUGCUGCACAAUAGACUAUAGAAUCAGUGAAAUUCUGCUUGGUUUUAAUGCAACUCAUAUUGCACCACCAAGUUGCAAGCAUCGCUCGACCACACCCUUUAAAAAUCACUAGACUAAUAUUGAAUCACCGGGCUUAUAGCUUUAUAAAAUUAUUCUUAAUUCAUAAUAAUAAAUCUCUAAAAUAAUAAUUCUGAGCACAUGGAAAAAAUGGUAAAGACUAAGUCGCUAAGAAAGGAGAGAUUUAAAUAUCUCUACAUCAAGCGUCUAUUAGACGCAAUAGUAAGAAAAAAA